AUGUCUUGCGUCAAAUCUCUUCUCGAAAUCUCCACCGUCAGCCUCGUCCAUUCGUCCACGUGUGCCGCCCCGGAAGUGGCCGUGAUGUCGGCGGCUGAAAAGAAGAUCCGUCAGUGUGAGACGCGGCUGAAGGUGGUGAACGAGUCGCUGGCGCGUGUGAACCAGUUCCUGGACACCUACGCGGAAGAGAAGCAGAGUGAAGUUCCCCUCCGGUUGGGCAGACUGGAGAAAACGUUCGAGACGUUCGAGUCGCUGAUGGCGCAGUACGAGCAGAUGGACGACACCGACUUGUUCGAGAAGGGCUGCCUCCAACAGCGCGCGUCCGUGGAGGAGAUGUACUUCAAGUGCAAAGCCCGCUUGCUCGAGAAGUUGCCCCCUGAGGAAUCAAGAUCCCCCGCGCCCAUCUCUGAAACGAGUCGCCCUGCACUGCUGUCUGGCCUGUCGAACGUGAAGCUCCCGACAAUUACGCUCCCGGAGUUCGACGGCGACUACAGCAAGUGGCUCACGUUCCACGACACGUUCCUCUCCCUGAUCCACUCGUCGAGUGAGAUCUCGUGCGUGCAGAAGUUCCACUACCUCCGGUCGUCACUUUUUGGAGAAGCUGCUGGCAAGAUCGCGAAUUUGGAAAUCUCCGCGCAGGGCUACGCCAUCGCUUGGGAAACGCUCACCAAGUACUACAACGACAAGAACCUCCUGCGGAAGAAGCACAUCCGGACGUUGUUGAAGUACCCCAAGAUCCCCAACGACUCCGUCGAAGCGCUGCACCGGAUUGUCGACGAUUUCCAGUGUCACACGCAGACCUUGAAGCAGCUUGGGAACCGAUCGAGCAGAUGA